GUCGUCACGAUGGCGCGGACCGUCGCGGCGUUGGCCCUCGUGGCCGGGGCCUCCGCCCUGGUGGCGCCGGUCUCGAAGGUCUCGAAGGUCGUCGAGAAGUACACGGACUCCACAUUAAAAUCGUCGCCGGGCGGCUUCAUGGAGCAGGGCACGGAAAUGUUCCAGGAGCAGUUCCCCGAAUUUAACAGCUAUGGCUGGGGCGUGUCCGUCAAGGCGGAACGGUGGAACGGGCGCCACGCCAUGUUCGGCUGGGCCUUCAUCAUCGCGACGGGCUACUGCAAGGCCCACGGCCUCAUCCCCGACCCCGAGAAGCUCUUAGAUUUCAAGCAGUGGGGCACGCUCGCCAUCAUCUCCGGCGGCAAGGGCGGCGGCAUCACGAUCACGAACGAGCGCGCGUGCAUCCUCGUCGCGAACAUCCACUUUUUGGUGGUGUCGCUGUGUGCCGCGUUCUGCCCGCUCCCGUUCCAGGACACGCUCCUCCUCGAACCGGGGGAGCCCGACGAGGAGCCCGCCGGUCUGGUGCCGGCCUUCGACACCGGAUUAACCCCGCGGCGGCUCUGAACGGCCGUUUGGCGUGCUCGGCCUCAUUAUCUUCUCGGCGUACAGCAUGAUCUACCAGAUCCCGUUCCUGAACGCUUAGUGGACAACGCGCUCGGCGGGUUGCUGCUGGCGCCGGCGGGCGGCGCUGCGGCGGCGGUCGCGGACGUGGCCGGCGCC